AUGCGAGCCAGUCAGGAUGACGAAUUCAUUGACAGUCGAGACGAUAUCCCUCUCAAAAAAUCCCCGAAUGAUGGUGACUUUGGCGAGGAGAGUCAAGAAUAUCCCUCAAAACUACAACUGAUACCGAUACUGGUUGGCCUAUGUCUUCAGUCCAUUUGUAUUGCAUUAGACAACACAAUCCUAUCGACCGCAGUUCCAAAAAUCACAGAGCAGUUCAACUCCCUGGAAGACAUUUCCUGGUAUGCAAGCGCAUAUCUUCUCACAACAUGCACAGUCACUCUCCCUUUCGGCAGAAUAUACACCUUCUAUUCCACGAAAUGGACAUACAUGAUUGCUCUAGCAUUAUUUGAGAUCGGAUCUCUGAUAUGUGCGGUGACACCAACUUCAAAGGGCUUAAUACUGGGCAGGGCAAUCGCUGGAAUUGGAUCUGGAGGAAUGUCACCGGGUGCCUUGCUCGUGUUGGCCAAUAGUGUCCCACUACAUCGUCGCGCACUGCAUUUUGGGAUCAUAGGAAGCGCUAGCGGGAUCGCAACUAUCACUGGGCCGAUGCUAGGCGGACUAUUGACUGAUCGGGCCAGCUGGCGAUGGUGCUUUUGGCUCAACCUACCCCUCGGUGCGAUUACCGCACUCUUCAUCACAAUCUUCUUCAAAGACUCAAGACAACGUCCAAAGGCCGAGCCCGGACGCCUCAACAAGAUCAAACAGAUGGAUCCUCUUGGAAUCGCUGCCUUCAUUCCGGCUAUAAUCUCGCUGCUACUGACGCUUCAAUGGGGAGGCACCAAAUACGACUGGACAAAUCCGCGCAUAAUUGCGCUCUUCAUUCUAUUUGCAGUAUUCGGAACGUCAUGGUGCGCUAUACAACUCUGGAAGCAAGACGAAGCCACAGUUCCACCUCGUCUACUCAAGGAUCGUAAUGUGCUAGGCGCCGUAAUACAUGCCAUGUUUCUGGGAGGCUCUUUCUUCGUCUUUGGUUACUACCUCCCAAUAUGGUUCCAAGCCAUUAAGCAAGUUUCAGCUGCAGAGUCUGGACUCAACAAUCUUCCUAUGGUUGUAACGAUGAUCGUGUGCUCUGCAUUUGGAGGAAUUCUCGUCAAUCUUCUCGGUUACUACACACCAUUAAUGUUCCUUGGGAGCGCUCUUCUCACAGUUGGCUGUGGACUUUGUACAACGUUCCAAGUGCAUACGGAUCACAGCCUUUGGAUUGGAUAUGAGGUUAUCAUUGGAGUAGGAGCCGGAGUCGGCUUCCAACAGUGCUACAAUGCCCUUCAGACUGUCCUUCCGCUAAAAGACAUUCCUAUUGGCAUCGCUAUCAUCACAUUCUCGCAAAGCUUGAGCGGGGCCCUGUUCAUUUCGAUUGCACAAAAUGUUUUUCAGAACCGCCUGAUCCAGAACUUGAACAACUACGCUCCGAGAGUUGACCCCGGACUCAUCAUCCAAGGAGGUGCAGCAAAUCUGGUGGACCGAAUUCCAUCAAAGCUUCUCCCAUCUGUACUUUUCGCAUAUAAUAUCGCUGUCACCCAGACCUUUUAUGUGUCUGUUGGUACUGCUGCGCUUUCCUUCCUCGGGGCCGGUCUUGUGGAAUGGAAAUCCAUGCGGAAGCCACAAAAAUGUGAGAAGAUGAAGGAUUUAUCAUGA